AUGAACGCUAGUCAUAUGGAUGCUCGUAACAUGGCGCGUCGGGACGUAGAAGCGGGAUAUAGUCUGAAUGAAACAAUGUCGACUAAAGAAGAAAGUAUUUUGACCAUGGAUCAACGGACUAAGCCAACGUCAUCAUCGUCCAAAGCUGAAAAUAUCGAUUUCGGAAAAUAUAUUGGGACUCUGGGUACCACCGAUAACGUAAAUGUUCGAAGAUGUGAUCGAUUCGUAGAGCUUGGAGCAACCGGUACUAAUGUUUCAAGAAGCUGUUCGGCAGUACAGCUCAUUGACACUGUGAAACCUGAAGCGAUGGCAUGUAGGAUAGAAAAGAGUUCGACAACUAUUUUGGAAACAUCAAACGGUUUCGAUCUCGAGUCAUCCUUUGCCUCGACAAUUCCAUCUCAACAAGAUCGGGACAGCAAUUUCGAUGAGUCGUGUUUUGAAGUGACUACGUAUCGAUCUCGACUACAACAUCAACCACAGUAUGCAAGUGAAGAUCCAGUGUAUGUGGAUUGCUCCCAAGCAGAUUUGAUUCGGAGAAUGCAACAAUUGCAGAUGAAAUCAGAAUCUGUGUACCAGUUUACGAGUCAAAUGAACGCUAAUACGCAAUAUCGAUAUCAACAAGCUAUGCCUUUUGAUUGCAGGUCUUCUUCCAUCUCGGAGCUUGAUUAG